CAAAGGGUGAAGAGCUAGCCUACCUCCAUCUUUGUUUGUGUUGGUAAAAAUUGUACACAUUUUAGCAUUUUUGUAGAGUAUUUAAGAACUUAUACCAUGGCAGAAAAUCAGGAAGGUGGUACAGCACAAGAAAGUGGAGGAUAUGAUUAUAAACGGCUGCAUAGUUACCCUUUGAUUCGGUAUUCGGAUAUGAAUGAUGAAAUGCGGACUGAAGCGAUGGAGCUCUGUGUAACAGCUUGUGAAAAGUUUUCAACGAAUAACGAGGCUGCAGCAAAAAUGAUCAAAGAAAGUUUAGACAAGAAGUUUGGUUCUUCCUGGCAUGCUGUAGUGGGUGAAGGUUAUGGUUUUGAGCUCACACAUGAAGUCAAAAAUCUUCUCUACAUGUAUUUUGGAGGAACUGUGGCAGUUUGUGUUUGGAAAUGCUCCUGAAGAGACAGCAAGAACAAUUGCAUCUACUGUAGACAGACUGAAUUUAGUUGAUGCAAAGUAUAGCAUCUGGCAUUUUGUUAAAAAAAGAUGCUCUACCUGAGAGGAGUUGUGGUCACACUAUAUUCUUUUAAUGAUAUUGUUGUCCAAUUCGUACAUAUGCAUUAAGAUGUCAUUAUUCUGAAA